GUGCUGUGCUCGAAGAAGGGAGCGUUGCUAAAGCAGGUGUUUGCUCUCAGCAGAGCAGCUACACCCAGAGAAAGCUGUCUGUGUGCUGCAGGUGAUGUAUUCGUGAGUUGCCACAGACACUACAGAUCCCGUCCUACGCAUGGUAUUGGGAGGUUUAAAUACCUGCUCCCAAAGGAGCCUCCAAAGAAGAGAAAGGAUAAAGUGCAGAUGAAAGAGAUAAAUGUUGGGACCGAGUAUGAGUACGGAGAUAUCAACAUCCAGAUGACUUCCUAUGAUGUGUGUCUCGUGGAGCAUUUUGCUCAGUAUGUGCAUAAACUCUGCAACCGUCUCUCCAUCAAAGUGAAUGAAAGCUACGCGAUGCCCACCAAAACCAACGAAGUGCUGUUCUUGGAAGAGCGAGGUUCCAAAAUGCAGUUGGAUGCGGUCCUUACUACCCAUCAGAGAGUUGUCCAGAUCAGCGGUUUGAGUUCAACGUUUGCUCCGAUACUCUUGGAAAUUAUUCAGAGUAAUCAGCCUGAAGGGGUCCAUCUGUUAGUGAAAGAGCACACAGAAGCUGACUUCAAGAGCCGAUUAAAGUCUCGACCAGAACUUGAAGAGCUGCUAGCGCAGAUGAACUGA